AUGAUUGCUUACUUGGGCAUAUUCUUCAUGGCCUUUACCACGUCGCUUGAAGGUCAAGUGACAUACUCCCUUUCCGCAUUCGCCGUCAGUUCGUUCAACAAGCACUCGUUGCUGUCGACGGUUUAUGUGGUCCAAGGGGUGGUUAAUGCUGUCAUCAAACCCCCUAUGGCCAAGAUAGCCGACGUCUUUGGCCGACUAGAGGCCUUCUCCAUAUGCAUCGUCCUGUGUGUUCUGGGAUACAUCCUCAUGGCCGCCUCGCGAAACGUCGAAACGUAUGCCUCGGCGCAGAUAUUUUACGCGGCCGGCUUCACCGGAUUGCAGAUCCUGCAGCAGGUCUUCAUCGCCGACACGAGCGAUUUCCUUAACCGCGCCCUGUUUUCGAGUCUGCCGGACAGCCCGUUUCUGGUAACCGUCUGGAUAGGACCAGCCAUCGCGGCGUUGUUCCUCGCAAAGAGCACAUGGCGCUGGGGAUACGCCGUCUGGACCAUCAUUCUCCCGCUGGCCUUUUUGCCCCUCGGGCUGAGCCUGCUCAUCAACGGCCGCAAGGCAGAGAAGCUGGGCUUGGUACCAAAGCGACGCGCCAUGAGCACCACCUCCUCGGCCGACAACAAAAAGCCCUCACUUUCAACAGCAGCCAGAAACCUCUUCCAAGAACUCGACGGCAUCGGCAUCCUCCUCUUCUCCCUCGGCCUCUCCCUCAUCCUCAUCCCCCUAACCCUCGUCUCCCGCUCCAAAACCGGCUGGCACGACCCCCACAUCAUCCUCAUGAUCCUCAGCGGCAUCCUUCUCCUAGUCCUCUUCCCCCUCUGGGAAUCCCGCGCUCUUCACCCCCUCUUGCCGCUAGAACUUCUCAAGUCCCGCACCUUCGUCGCCGGGUGUCUACUUGGCUUUUUUUAUUUUGCCGUCUUUUACAUCGCCGUCCAACCUUACUUUUACUCUUACCUCCUCGUGGCCCUCAACCUCCCCGUCACCAGCGCAGGACCCAUAACCCAAACCUUUUCCUUCGCCUCCACCAUCGCCGCCAUCGCCGCGAGUCUAGUCAUCAAGCGCCUAGGCGGUGAACCCCGCCCAAAACCCUGGAUCGUCUUCGGCGCAACAAUCUACACCCUCGCCAUCCUGCUGCUGCUCCACACCCGCAAGCGCGGCGUUUCCGAACCGGUCCUCUACACAGCGCAGAUGUUCCUCGGCGCCGGAGCGGGGUUGAUGCACGUGGCUACUCAGCUCGUCGUCCAGGCGGCUGCGUCUUCGAGCUCCAACCUCAAGGGGAGGAACCGGCAUCAGCACGUCGGGGUGGCGACCGCGGCGUUUUUGACGCUGGUGCAAGUCGGGAGCGCGGUGGGGAGCGCGGUGAGCGGGGCGAUUUGGGGGAGGUUGAUACCGGGGAAGCUGAGGGAGUAUCUCCCUGAGGAUGCGAAGGGAGAGGCGGGCAAGAUUUAUGGGAGCGUGAGGGAGGCGGUGUCGUAUCCGUGGGGGAGUCCUGAACGGGAGGCGAUUGCGAGGAGCUAUCAGGAGACUGUGGAGGUGCUGCUUUGGGUGGCGCUGGGCGUGGGAGGAGGAGGGGAGAAGGGGAAGGGGGUGGUGGGGGUUGUUGCUGUGGGGUGGGAAGAGGAGGGAUUAAAAGGGAAGAAGAUAUGGUUUGGUUGUUUUUGA